AUGGUUCGUCCAAGGCCUGUCGUUCAAGAUCUUCUUACCGACCUUCCAACUGACGCCGAAGCUGUACCAACGCAAUCAACGCUCCCACCAAAGCCAAAGAGAGUUAAAAAGGCUCAACCCAAGGCCAAUGCUACAGAAGCCGAGGCUGAGGAUGCUUUGCCUAUUUCUAAACUGGAAGAAAGCAAAAAAUCAACCUCUCCUGCCACCAAGAGGUCUGCUAAGGGCCAACCCUCAGGGUCUACACAAUCUAAGAGGCCAAGGUCAUCGUCCGCGACGACCUCGGCGUCAAAGAAGCCCGACGUCCCAUGGUCUCCUGAACUAUCUCUGGAGGAUAGGCCUAUCAUGGCCAGUGAAAGUGCCGACGAUAUUAACGUUGGUGUCGCCCUCAGCACUGCUCUUCUCCUUCCAAAUGAUUUAGAUCGAAAUGCUAAGCUUAGCGAGGAAGCAUCUUCCAUGAAGAAGGAGAUCAGAUCUCUUGAAUCAAGGAUGAAAAAAUUGGAAGAUCAGGCCGAGGCGGCUACUAAGGCCCAAACUUUAGCUCUUGAGAAGGCCGAAUCUGCUGAGGCCGUGAAAAAAGUUGCUGAGGCCGAGAAAAGAGAUGCUGAGGCUGAGAAAAGAGAUGCUGAGGCUAAGAAGGCCCAGGCGGAGAAAGAACUUCAGCAAGCUCUGGCCACCAAAGAGAAAGUGAGUCGCCACCAAAGGAGGGCCUCCCUGUGCUCCUUCGUCCUCCCCGACAACCUCUCUGCUCCGCCGCCGGACAAUCUGGCUGUUGCUCCCCCUCCAAAUGAGUGUCGUGCCACUCUGUCACCGCCACCACCACCGCCACUGCAGGCCCAGCCAUUGGCAGAGGUUUCAGAGGAGGGGUCAAAAGGUAUGGAAGAUAAGAAGUCGUCAAAGAGCGCGAUAUGA